GUACCUUUCUUUCCAUUUACAUCCAUUUUGCCCCAUCGAUUGCUGAGUUUUAUCUGGUUAAAUAUUUUGUCAUCGCUUGAUUUUUCCUACAUUCUUACCCCUCAAAACAUACCCCUUCCAACCACGGGUGCACCACGACUCUUACACUUACGCCUACUACGGUGCACCACGUAUAUGACCUUUAGACCAGUUCAUUAACACUCGACUGGUCUUCCAUCAUGGACCCUUCACCGCGCUCGCAAAACGACCACCACAUCGGCCGCCGAGUCCGCGAACUUUACCGCUACUUCCAACCAGAACCAUCCCCUCAACCCACCCUUAUUUCGUCGUAUUUCGAUUCCUGGGCGGCCGGUGAAUCAUCAGUUAGCGACAAUGCCACUGUUCCCGCUGUUUCGACCGCUUCUGUGUCGACGCCGGAUCCCGCGGCGAGUCUCUGCACGGGACCUCCAUCCGGGGAGGGAUUGGUGCUGGGCAACUCUAACCGGACGUUGAGUUCGUUUGCGCAAUUGGCGGCGAUGCGCUUGGGUGUGCAGCGGGCUUUGAUUAGUGUAUCGGAUCGCGACUCGCAACACAUCCUAGCAAACUCUACACAAUCACCCAUCGACUCCGGACAAACAGAUGGUUGGUCCGGUUUAUCAACAUUCAACCACACCUGGAGCAUCUGCAAGCAUGGCCCCGUCAAGGCGACUGUUGCACUUCCGCCUUCGACGCGGAACCCACCGCAGUAUCGAUAUCUAGUUGUUGAUGACAUGAGCAAAGACGAUCGCUACGCAUCGCUUCCGUUUGUGCAGGGCGAGCCUGGUUUUCGGUUCUACGCGGGGACGCCGUUGACGACGGAGACGAAUAUCAACAUUGGGUGCUUUUUUGUGCUGGAUACGCAGCCACGGAGUGGAUUGACGGAUGCGGAGAAGGAGACGCUGGGGUCACUGGGGAUGAUCAUUAUGGAUUAUUUGAAAAUUAGUCGCCAGGCACAUGAAGGACGGCGCGCGACGAGAUUGUCGCGUGGUCUGAGUUGUUUUGUUGAAGGCGGUCGCAGUCUGACUGAAGACGUACAUCCCUCGUACAUGGGUAGUCCUGGCUACUCGAAUGACAACUCCAGCCGAUUAGGUGACUCCUUGGACAGCGGCGGUCCUCCCUCCAGACGCUCACACAGCUCCGACACCCGCUCAAUCAGCUCCGAAUCCGAAAGCAAGGCCGACUCCUUGCCCUCCGAAUGGGGGUCCAGCCACCGCAAAGGCACCCCCUUGGACGAAACCCAGGACACCUCAUGGCCCUUCAAGCGCGCCGCGAACAUCCUCCGCGAAAGUCUGGAACUAGGCGGAGACGGCGGCGUGAUUCUCCUCGAGGCCGGCAACAACCCCACGCUAGAUUCAGAGUCUGGAAGCGACAGUGCAGGCGAGACAAGCAAUCCAGCGCCCACAUUAGCAAUCUCGACACUUGAGGACCCGUUUGGCCCGAGCAUGGAGUCCAAGGUUACUUGUCCAACCAUGAACCUCGACCGCGGCUUCCUCCUCCGCCUCUUCCGCCGCUACAGCAAAGGCCGCCUCUGGGGCUUCCACCGCGACGGCAUGCUCUCUAGCUCGGACGACGACGAUGCCGACGAACCACGCCUCAGCCGCUCGCGCUCCCAAAAAUCCAAAACCGGCGACCUACCCCUCCCCCGAAGCGGCAAGGGUAAAUGGAAAGCCAUGGAAAACAAGCUCCUCAACCAAUACUUUCCCAACGCCUGCCAAGUGCUCUUCGUGCCGCAGUGGAAUGCAGGUAACUCGCAAUGGUUUUCUGGCUGCUUUUGCUGGACUACCGUUGAGACGCGGGUGUUUAGUCCGAGCGUGGAGUUGAGUAGUGUGCUGGGGUUUGGGUCGUCGAUUAUGGCGGAUUAUAGUCGCAUUCAGUCAUUGAUUUCGGAUCGGCAGAAGGGGGAUUUUAUCGGGAGCAUCUCUCAUGAGCUGCGCAGCCCGCUUCAUGGGAUUCUUGCGGCAGCAGAGUUUCUUCAGGGGACGCAACUUGAUGAAUUUCAGGGUUCUUUGCUGGAGACUGUCAACGCGUGCGGCCGCACCCUGCUCGAUACAAUGAACCAAGUCCUCGACUUUAGCAAGAUCGUCUCGCUGGAGCGCACAUGGCGCAACAUUAAGCGACACAAGGCGUCACCACUGGAAGUCCGGGGUAUGGAGAAGGUACAUCUGGACUCCUACGUAUCCACAGAUCUCGCCGUGCUGGCUGAAGAAGUUGUUGAAGGCGUCUGCCUGGGCCAUUCAUACGGACAGAGAGCUACCGCUUCAGCUGAGCAGCCUGUCAUACUACCACAUAAUACCGCGCGGGGCCGGUCACAUUCCCAAUCACAAAGCGAUCCGAGUAAGCGGACAGAUGUGGAGGUUAUGAUGGACAUUGUGCAUAACGACUGGGUCUACCGCACGCAGCCUGGUGCGUUACGGCGCAUUCUCAUGAAUAUUCUCGGCAAUGCUAUGAAAUACACCGACUUUGGCCGUGUCUCGGUUCGGUUGGAGGUUACUGAGGCGUCGUCUGAAUCUCGUCUGCGACGGGGUAAUGCAGGCGAUGCUGAGGAUCUGGUAACCCUGACCGUGUCUGAUACAGGCCGGGGUAUCUCGGAGGAGUUCAUGCGUGCGCGGCUGUACACCCCGUUUGCGCAGGAGGAUUCACUCGCCGUGGGAACCGGACUAGGCAUGUCGAUUGUGCGAAGUCUCGUCAGGGCUCUGAACGGAAGUUUAAAUACCUACAGCCGUCCAGACGAGGGGACAAUGGUCAAGGUGACACUACCACUUCAACGACCACAGCCAGAAAAAGAAGAUGAACCCGAGUCCCCGGCUCCGCAGCCCAGCCAUAAAGACGCGCUCGGCCAAGCCCGUCGCCUUCGCGACUCUUUUGCCGGCCGCCGCGUGUCAAUCCUCGGCGUCGACUCGGUCACCGCUGCACAACACCCCGUCUGGUCUAUCAUCGCGCACUACGUGACAGAAUGGUACGGUCUCGAGCUUGUCUCGUGGCCGCCAACCACCUCCACGUUUGUCGAUCUGGUAUUGGCAGACGAACAAAUGCUUGCCGUCGAGCAGGAUAGCGGCUUCACGACGAGGGUUCCAGCACUGCUAGUCUUGUGCAAUAAAUCCGACUACGGCACUGCGAAAACAAAAUGGACACACCUCGCGCACUCCGUCGAAAUGAUACCCCAGCCGUCAGGCCCACAUAAACUCGCCCGCCUCAUCCGCAAGUCCCUCGACAGUAUCCCAGACACAACACAACGCCAGAUGUCUAUCGUCCUCCCGAACCGCACCAUAUCACAAGAUACAAUCUCCUCGCAGGGCAGCGCGGCCUCACUAUAUGUUAAACGGAUCGACCUCACCGGCGUAAACCUCGACUUCACAUCACCCCCGGAGCUAACAGAUAGUUCCUCGGGCGGAAGCACAUCUUCCAAAUCCCCCGAAUCAGAGUCUGAGCCGCCAAUACCAUAUACCACGACCACGGGUCUUCUCCCGUUGUCUUCGCCAUACGUCGAGAAAGAUGAGCAGUUGCCUACUGAGCCGCACUCACCGACUACGACUGUCACGGAACUGCCCCAUAUUGAGAUUGAGGGCGAGCCUGAUGUUGAGGCCGAGGUUCAGGCUAAGGCUAGGGUGUUGGUUGUGGACGAUAACUCCAUCAAUUUGAAAUUGAUGAUGACAUUCAUGAAAAAGCGUGAUCUGCUCGCCCUCGACGCAGCGGAGAACGGUAAAAUUGCUGUCGACGCUGUUGAGCGGAUGCAGGGCUAUGAUCUUAUUUUCCUUGACAUGUCAAUGCCCGUAAUGGACGGCUUCGAAGCAGCGCGCACAAUCCGGUCAUUGGAAAAAGAGCAUCGCACCUGGCGCCGCGCAACUAUCAUCGCGUUAACAGGACUUAGCAGUCCGCGCGAUGAAGCUGAUGCGUUGACCUCUGGUGUUGAUUUAUUCCUCACGAAACCCGUUAGCUUCAAGAAUGUGGCGGGGUUGGUGGAUGAGUGGGAGGAGAAACGCAGGGGUAUUGUUGAAACAUGAUUUGAUUUGAUUUGAUUUAGUUCUACUUUUUUUUUUUCUUGGUUUGGUUUAUUAAGCGGGAUAUCCAUAUAGAUUUUGGGAUUGUUAGCGAUUGGUUUUGGCUAUGGCGUUUCGGUUCUUUUGCAUAACACUUACGAGUUACGAGUAGUUUGGUUUUGGGGAUGGAUGGAUACUCUGUACACGAACGAGAUGAGCAGGAAUGUUCUAUUGCAACAUCUACUGUUUAUAUACGUGCAAUUGAUGAAGUUUCUGCCACACACUG